GGCCUUAUUUUGGAGAGAACACUCUCAGGAGCAAUGGCAAAACAACAUGUAGCACUGUCAUUGGUCGUUUUCCUGGUUACAGCCUUGACUUUGUACAUAUGUACCUCUUGGUAUAAAAAACCCAAGGAGCAAGAAACUGUCAACUUCAACCCACACAUACCCAAUCUGAAACUCAGCGUGGACACUGCAAGCCCUCUUGUCCAAGUGUCUGAUGACCUGUUGUCCGCUGAGAGAGUCGCAGAUAAACUCCCCUAUCCUCCACACCCAGCACGUUUUCUAAACAGGCCUCAGAUCCUCACUGCCCAGUGUGUGACCAGUGGCACUCACUACUGGGAGCUGGAGGCCGAGGGCUACUGGGAAAUCGCUGUGGCCCACGAGAACAUAAACAGGACGGGACGUUCUGAGAGUUCUUUUGGCAUGAACAAGGUAUCUUGGAGCCUGACGCAUAAAAAUGGUGACCUGUUUGCUUACCACAACCUUGAGAAAACGCUGCUGUCUAAAUCCCUGCAAUAUAAGCGCGUGGCAGUGACUGUUGGUUUUCAGGAGGGAAGUGUUUUUUUCUUUGAGGUGGGGACGAAACUGAGACAGUUGCACAUGUUUACUCCCCAGCUUAGCGGCCCCCUGUGUUUAGGUCUUGGGCUGUAUCGCCCCUCCAAGGUAACCAUCCUAAAGACCUACAAGGUAGACAAAGUAUGAAAGAUCAUUGUAGAUCAAGAUUUCAUUCUAUUUCAGCUAUGUUCCGAUAUCCAGAGCACUGAGCAAGAAAAUGCCAUAUUGCUGAUAAAUAAGUCUGAUGGAGUGUGCUUUGCAUGACUUGUGUGAUGGCCUCAGGAAUUUGUUAUCUCAUAGAAUGCUUAUAGUAGUUCAGACUGUUGGCAUGAACAGAGGUGGAUGAUGGAAACCUCCUAAGUGCCUGCAGAACGUACUGGGAGUAGAACAACCCUCCUGCUUCUCUGAGGUGGUUUCGUGUUCUCCAUAAAAGGUUUGCAGAAUUAGUUAGAAGAGAAGAAGAGGAUGAAGAUGAAAAGUAAACAAAAACAAUAAUGUAUUGGGUGAACAGGAGAGAAAAUCUAUAAGGACCUUAGACAUAACACAGGAUUUCAAGUGUGUGUUUUAUUUAAGAACAGUGACUAAAGAACUGAUAAUAACAA